GUUUUUCUCCUUUUCUUCUACAGUCUCAAGAAAACAAAACCCUCCGCCGCCGCAACCACCAAACAUUUUCUAGAGUUUUAUCAAAAUCACACCACCACAGCCACCGCCGCUGCCGUCGAUGGAGUUAAAACAAAACUAGAUCAUCAAAAUCACUCCAAAGCUAUCAUUGUCUAAGUAUUUUAGUGAUCUUUGUUUGAUUUGGACAAAAAUGGUGACAAUGAACUCUUUUGAUCUCUUAGGAGAUGUUGAUAAUGAAGAUCCAUCACAACUUCUUGAGUUACUUCAACAAAAGAUCAAAUCUAAGAAGUUAUCAUCUGUUGUUCCUGAUGCUGAUGAAGUUUCUGCUGCUGCUAAGUUUCCUUCACAUGCUGUGAAGGAAAGGAGAGAAGGUUAUUCAGGGCCACGAGAUGGGGAACGUGGGGGUACUGGACGUGGUAGGGGAGGACGUGGAAGUGGUUUUGGUGGUAGGAAUUCUUACAGCAAUGAGAGUUCUGAUGGGUACACACCUAAUGAUUCAGAAUUGGAGAAGGAUUCGAGGAACGGUUUUGAUAGGGAGCACGGUAUGCGUCAUGGACCAGGUCCAUAUAGGCCUAUUCGUGGUGGUGUAAACACAUGGGGUGACCCUUUUGAUGGUGGAAAUCGUGAUAGAAGAAUCAGCAAUAGGUGGGCGGGCUCGAGGAAACACGGCAACUCGGCAACAGCCCAUGACCAGCCUGAAGAAAAACAUGAGGACCUUGUUGCGGAAAUGAAGGAAAUUAUUUCUGAUGAGGUGGAGCAGAGUGAUGCAGCAGCAUCUGAAGCAAUUAAUGACUGGGAGGAGUCCAAAACUAACGAGGAGAAGGAAGCCGAGACCAAGAAAGCCGAGGAGGAGGCCAAGAAAGCCGAGGAGGAAGCUUCCAAGAGAGCCGAGGAGGAGGCCAAGAGAGCCGAGGAAGAGGCCAAGAGAGCCGAGGAGGAAAAGAAGAUGACACUGGAGGAGUAUGAAAAGGUACUUGAAGAGAAGAGAAAAGUUCUAGUUGCAAUGAAGGCUGAAGAGAGGAAAGUUGAGUUGGACAAGUCGUUUGAGUCUAUGAAGCUGCUUAAGAAAGGAGAAGAAGAAAUUUUUGUCAAGCUGGGCUCUGACAAGAAUUCAGGAAAACGAAGGGAAGAUGGUUAUCGCGAGGAGAAAGUCAAAAAGUCUGUUAGCAUCAUUGAGUUCCUGAAACCAGCUGAGGGUGAAAGGAGAAACUAUAGAUCUGGAGGUGGUCGACGUGACAGUGGUGAAGGUGGUCGAGGUGCAACUGGAGGUGGUCGAGGUGCUACUGGAGGUGGUCGACGUGACAGGGGUGAAGGUGAUCGUGGUGCCACCAGAGGCCGUGGUGGGGGUCAGAACAACAACAAUGCAAGAUCAUCACCUGAUGGUCCAUCUAUUGGUGAUAUCAGUCUCUUUCCCUCAUUGGGUGGAAAAUAGAGACACAUAUUUUAACCUACACCCAACUCUUUGUUUUGUUUGCCACAGAAGUUUUGUAGAGUUGGGUUAUGUGGUUAGAAGAAUUUGAGGUUCUCUUGAUCCUCUACUUUUAGGUUAUGAAAGAUUUUUAUAUUAGUUUAGUGAUACAUCUGUGAUCACAAAUAUUGAAGUACCUCUUUAGUUUAUCUGCUUAUGGUUAGCAGCAGCACAGUCCAGAUUAUAAAACCUCUCUUAACUAGUCAGAUUUUAAGCCUAUAUUGCUCUAUGGUCUUUUUUG